AUGUCGGUAGUCCCUCGGGCUUUGAUUCGGUACUCCCUGGUGGCAUUAUCAGUGUCCCAAGCCAUAGACCAAAUUAGGUUCUGGGAGGAACCUGUCCAGGCUACCGCUGAUCGGUUCUCACGUCAUCCUCUGUCUCAGGGAUCUAGGGGCCCCCUACGUAAAACCGUGACUAGUUCGCCUAGUGCAGGAUAUGAUGACGUGGCACGAACGAGCCAUGAUAGUAUCGACCAUUAUCGUGAGAUAUCUAAUCUUCAAGAAUUGAAGGUUUCCAGUAUUUCUAAAGAACCGAUUUCCUGUAAAAACUUCAAAGAUUUACGUACUGCUAGUAUCAUAUAUUCAUGUAUCAGAAGUUGGACAACCGAUGGAGUUAUCAUAACAUAUACGGAAAACCAACAAAAUUCUGGUGGUAAGAAUCUUAUAAAGCAAAUUUGUGGUUCAGAAGGUAAAAGCUUGCUUUUAGUAAAUAAGAUAUUUACACAUCCUAACGCUCCAAUUGUCUUUCAACCUUUACAGAUCGUCAGAAUAAAAUAUGUUCAAGCUUCUCGUACGAACAUCUUGACACCUAGUUUACGUUUCUUGAAAUGA